GCAGAGAGGGAGACCGCGUGGAGCGCAAGACAGUUCCCAGGGCAUCGCGGCGUCCCUGGCAGCGCUUGGCUGUUGCAGGGCUGUGAGCCGGAGAACAACGCUUCGGGGCGCCUGUGCGUGCGCGCGUGCGGGACCUUGGUUGGCCUCAGACCUCAAGGGUCUUGUCCGGGGGCGGUUCCUGAUCCCCCAUAUAGUGCCCGCUAACUUUGAAAAGGAGGACUUAUGUCCUGCAAAGGUUGAGACAUAAGGGGUAGGGAAGGAAAAGAGGAGAGAAAACGCAACUGAGGCCGAAGGAGAAGGAACUAAUGUGGACCUCCUGAGCAGCUGGGAGGAGGACUGGACCGCGGAGAACCGGGCGGGACCUCGGAGGUGCGGGGCAAGGAGCAACGGAAGCGGUGCGGGCCGUGGCGCUGGGGCUUCUUGCACCUCGGGUCACGCCUCCUUGGCAAGAAGGCGCCUCGCCUUUGAUUGCUUCCAGUUACUGCAGAACUUCCUGUCCUGGCGGAGAAGCAGGUCUUGCUUGGGUCGCGCUCCCUCCCGGUCUGAGGCGUGAGACUGAGUUCACACGGUGCUGGGCCCCCAAAGCCAAGUGGAGUUGGGGGAAACAGAGUCUGCGAGUCCCGGCGCCCCGCGCGUAGGGCCCCGUGUUGGGGUCCUCCCUCCCUCUGUACCCGCACCCUUGCGGGCUUUGCCCCUUCCUGGGGACCCCUCGUCAGGCGAUGGCCGCGUUGAUGCGGGUUAAGGACUCCUCCCGCUGCCUGCUCCUACUGGCCGCGGUGCUGAUGGUGGAGAGCUCCCAGUUCGGCAGCUCGCGGGCCAAACUCAACUCCAUCAAGUCCUCUCUGGGCGGGGAGACGCCAGCCCAGGCCGCCAAUCGAUCUGCGGGCACAUACCAAGGACUGGCUUUCGGCGGCAGUAAGAAGGGCAAAAACCUGGGGCAGGCCUACCCUUGUAGCAGUGAUAAGGAAUGUGAAGUUGGAAGAUACUGCCACAGUCCCCACCAAGGAUCUUCGGCCUGCAUGGUGUGUCGAAGGAAAAAGAAGCGCUGCCAUAGAGAUGGCAUGUGUUGUCCUGGCACCCGCUGCAAUAAUGGCAUCUGUAUCCCCGUCACUGAGAGCAUCUUAACUGCUCACAUCCCAGCUCUGGACGGCACUCGGCACAGAGAUGGAAACCACGGUCACUACUCAAACCACGACUUGGGAUGGCAGAAUCUAGGAAGAACACACACUAAGAUGUCACAUAUAAAAGGGCAUGAAGGAGACCCCUGUCUACGAUCAUCAGACUGCAUUGAAGGGUUUUGCUGUGCUCGUCACUUCUGGACCAAAAUCUGCAAACCAGUGCUCCAUCAGGGAGAAGUCUGUACCAAGCAACGCAAGAAGGGCUCUCACGGGCUGGAAAUCUUCCAGCGGUGUGACUGCGCAAAAGGCCUUUCUUGUAAAGUAUGGAAAGAUGCCACCUACUCCUCCAAAGCCAGACUCCACGUGUGCCAGAAAAUAUGACCACCUCUGAGGGAAGAAAAGCAUCACUAGCAGACUGUGAAUCUGUGUAUUUAAUACAGUAUAGCAUGGGGGAAAACAGGAUUUGGAUUUCAGAAGGGCGAAAAUGAGGAAUGUCAUAAGAAUAUAGAUCACAGAAAGAGAAAGAAAAUGGAGCAGAUUAGAAAGGGUGACGAGUGUGGUACAAUCAGUGUGUUUCCACCAUGCACCUUGUUUAUGUAAAUAAUGUAUACAUUUGUGAAAAUGCUAUGACUCAAAAAAAAAAAAAAACAGUGAAAUUACUAACGAAUACCAUGUGACUUUCCAGCAGUUUAGGUUGUGCUAGAGGAUCAGGUUCCUUCACAUUGGUGAUUGAUUGCCUAUAAAAAUAACCUAAAAGCCAUAUUUCUCUUUAAAGUUAUACUUUAACAACAAAAUACUCCCCAUAUAUCCUGGCAUACAAUAGACUCUAAAACAUGAAAAGAAGAGUUAAAUAGGAAACGAAAGCAUGGAGCAGAGUUAAUUUGCAACACAGAAUCACCUUUUAAUUUGGAACACUACUUCUUACCACUCAAUUAAAGACCUUCGUAGAUGAUAAGAAAAAAAGCAGUCGAUAUUUUCCAAAUAAUAUCAAAAUAAUCACAGGUCUUUUGUCUAGUCCUUCAGAAAAAAACAAACUCGUUUUUCCUCACACUGCUUAUUUACAUUUUUCAAAACUUUAAUUUCACUUAUAAUUAAUAAGAACCAGUAUAAUAAGACAAAAAUAAUCCAUUCAGAUUCUAAAGGAUCUAAACUGCAUCUCUCUUGAUUGUAUGUGAUUCCUACCCAUUUUAUUCUCCAUAUUAUACACGUUAUUUGUGAAUAGCACCGAGCAGAAUUUUCAGAUUGUAAAAGUUUUAAGAUGCCCAAAAUAAAAGUUACUAGAUCACAUUUUGUAAAGCUUUGGCAUUUCCUAUUUUUGAUAGAAUUGGACAUUUAUUCUUUACAUACUCUGCAGUACAGUAGGGUAAAGCUGAUAAAAGAGCUACAUGUGUCCUGCACUGAAGCACAGCAAGGAAAUAAAUAGGGAAAACGUUGUCAAGUAUUGGCAACACAUAGAUCGUAUGUCUGAAGCACAAACUCACUUUUCAUAUUUGAAGUCCAAGGCUGCACAACCUAAAUGGAAGUUUUCCAUGGGAUUUGCUAUCACAAUAUUUACUACACAGAUGAGUUCAGCGUGAGUUAACAACUACUUGUCCUCAAAAUAUUUAUUUUCUAUUUUUGAGGUCCUAAAAUAAUCUUAACAUGAGGAGGUCUCAUUAAAUGGACUCCAAGGCAGGUAGGAUAUAGUAAGCUUCCAUUGCCCUCGGUAAGCUUCUUUCUAACUGGCUGGCACCAUCUGAUUUUUUCUGCACCAGCCUCUCUCUGCAACAGCUGUUUCUUUGCCAAAGAUACAGUUUCUGUUUUCUGCAGUCAUUGAGAUUAAAAAAGUAUAAAUGGAAUAACUUGUAAAAUGGACAUUUUGCUAAUCUAUAGAAACCACAGGUUCUAAAUUCUUUGAAUCCAUUUUAUUACUUUUUUACUUUACUCAGUUCUAAAUAUUAUGUCUAGAGCAUAAAGCAAAAAAGUUAUCUUAUAGUUGUUACUUUUGACCUUUUCUUUUAUAGACCUUAAGUCACUCCUUAAUUUUCUUUUACUUAAAUCCCAGUUGCAGUCUCACAUUCAAGUUCUCCCAGUAGAAACUCAACCUGAGCCUGCAUGUCUAUUAAGAAUUUCAGCUUCCCACAUACAUUUACAAGUAUGAUUAAGAUUUACAUUUUCCCCACAUGUCCGUUAAAACUUAUUAGCUAAUCUAUCCAAGAACCAAAGUCUGUAAACAAGCAGGUUUCUAUAAGCUUGGCAACAUGAAAAUGGAACAUUUUAGUCAAACAUUUCUUAUAUAGCUAUCUGGUUUCUGCAUUUUUUUCCUUAUGUACAUCCCUUCAAAAAUUAUUAUUUGAAGUAAUUUAUUUACAGGAAAUGUUAAUGAGAUGUAUUUUCUUAUAGAGAUAUUUCUUACAGAAAGCUCUGUAGCAGAAUAUAUUUGCAGCUAUUGACUUUGUAAUUUAGGGGAAAUGUAUAAUAAGAUAAAAUAUAUUAAAUUUUUCUCCUCCAAAAAUGGAA